GAUUCUAUUCCAAAUUUAUCCCUUUUCUGCUAAAUUGUUAUUAUUUGAAACCAAAGUGCCAACAACUAGAACAGAGGAUUUUAUCCUCUUUAUUAUUUGCUACAGUACUAUUUUGCUUUAUUAAAUUCAGAGAGAGAAGAACUUCUCUCUGCCUCUUCAUUUUUUUCAAAAUAAACGGAAAAGAAAAAUCGUGCAUGCACGUUACUGAAUAAUCUUCGUCCUGGAUUUGGAAUUUGAGGUGAUAGAUCUGCUAAGAAUUCCGUAGAUGCAUAUCUGUGGAUACGUUCCACCUUGGCUCUGUCAGAUUCUCGCUUGCAUGGGAAGUUGUCUGGGAUGCUUCCCAAAUCCUCCUACGAUUAAAGGCCAAGGAAUGAGCAACAUAUCAGAAGAUUUUUGGAGCAGCAGUGCUUUGGAAAUAGAUCAGAGGGCAUUUCAAUCCCAGAAAAGCGUCGCAUCAAUUGGCUUACCUUCUGAUCCUCAAAGUAGCUCUGGCAUUCAGAUUGAUUCUUCUGAAUUUGUCAAUGAUGGUCUUCUUCUCUGGAACCAAAUGAGGCGAUAUUGGGUUAGAAAUAAAAGGUCCCAGAAAAAGAAAGAAGUUGGAGAACCUCUAAUAAGUUGGAAUACCUCUUAUGAGAAUCUAAUGGGAACCGACAAGGCUUUUCCUCGGCCCAUUCCUCUUGGAGUAAGUUCUUGCAUGCAUUGGAUUGUCUCUUCUCAUUUCCAUGUACAUGACAGGUCAUUUACAAGUUUAGUGUCUAUUUCUCUCUUUAAUAAUUUUAAUCCAGCCUCUCUCAUUUAUAAUGUCUAUCAAGAAAGAAAUAGAUGCAAACACAUGACUUUGUCCUAUAAAACUGAAACAUAUGCAGGUUUCUUCUCAUUCAUGCAUUCUUACUUGGUUAUUUUCUGUUGAUAUUCAUGAACAAGGAUUCAGGAAAUGCUCCUAACUGAUUACAAUAUCAUAACCUGGCAGGAAAUGGUUGAAUUUCUUGUUGAUAUUUGGGAGAUGGAAGGAUUAUAUGACUAAGCAGACAAAACAGGGUUUUUUUCCUUAGAUUUUGCAGAAGGAUAAUUGUACAAGGGAUAACCUUUUUCAAAAGCUAAAUGGGUUAGCUCUUAACUAAUUGGGUUUAUUUUUUCUUCUGGGGUCCUCAUUUCUGAUUUCUGCGUAAUUAACGAGGUGAUUCAUAUAAAUUUGUUAAAUCUGUUUUUACGAUUUGUAAAUAGAGUUAAAUUUAUGCUACUCCAAUUUGUUUUA